AUGACCGAGAUCUGUUCCAUGUUCGCCUUUGCUUGCGCUCUGGCCAUGCCCACCCUGAAUUCCGACGAGGCUACUGGAGCCGCUUCCAAAAUGGAGGUGCGCGUCAUAGCAUGGAGUUCUACCCCGAUUCAGGCCGUAGCAAGGCUCUUCAUUCCCGAGAUGCCUGCUGAUGGUGGUCCGGGGGGCCUGAGGAUCGAUGUCGGUGCAGCUGCAUUAAAGUCCAUUUACAUGCCCGUCUUCGUCGGCAACCUCAACAUCGCCCUGCCAAUGGACCUGUUCCCAAACGGAGUGAAAUGGACUUGA